UCAUAUUCUCGACUACUGAAAAAUCAAUCACUUUACCUACUACCCUCCAAUCCUAUUCCCCCUUUUUCUUCUUUCUGCCCCCAAAACACAAAAUAUCAUUUGGCCAUCCUCAAGAAUGGCCAUCACCAAUCUUUUAUCGACCACCAUUACACCCUUACCCUUCACUUCCCAUCUCAAAAGACACUCACCAUUUCUUCUAAGAAAGUUCAAAAGGCCUACAAUUCUAGCCCAAUCCAAGAACAACAACGACUCUGCUGAUGGCCCAGACCGUUUAAUCUCAGCCAUAACUUAUUUCUACCCUUUCUUUGAUGGUAUUCAGUAUGGCAAAUAUGUUAUAACACAGUUUGCACCAAUCCAAACACUUAUACAACCUUUAGUACCAGCUAUAAGGGUAUUUAAGAGUUUCCCACUUAAUGGGUUGUUGGUUUUCUUUACCCUUUACUUUAUUGUUGUUAGAAAUCAGAAUUUCAGUAGAUAUGUGAGGUUCAACACUAUGCAAGCUAUUGUUCUUGAUGUGCUUCUCAUUUUUCCUGAUUUGUUGGAGAGGAGUUUUAAUCCAAAAGAUGGGUUGGGUUUGGAUUUGAUGAUGAGCUUUGAUAGUACUGUGUUUUUGUUUCUUUUGGUUUCUUUAGUUUAUGGCUCUAGUUCUUGUUUGUUGGGGCAGUUACCUAGGUUGCCUAUUGUUGCUGAAGCUGCUGAUAGACAAGUGCUCUGAACAACUCCAAAAGUGAGUACUUGUUUUGGAGGUUCCUAUUUGUACACUUAAUUAAUUUUUGCUUUAGCUGAAAAAUAAUACUAGCUAUUUUAGUAGCUUGUUCUUCGAUUUCUGUUA